AUGUUUGAGGAGGCGGCGCAGUUUGUCGUUAAGGCGCUCACCCGAUUCGAUAAAAUUAUUGACCAUUUCCCUGUUUUCCAGAGUUCGGAUAUCCGGCAUGAUUUCGCCGGCACGUUUAAUUUUGCCCGAAAUUUGGAUAAAAAGCAGCUAGAGCUCGCCAGAGAUGCCAAUCAUUUCACGACCCUCAGGUCCAUAUUGGACGUGGGCGGCCCAAUCGUAAAUCCACUUGCCCAGGGAGUUGGCGUCGAAAACGCUACCGGCCGAGAUAAUGGGAAUUUCGAGGGGAUUCCAGUGAGAUAG